AUGCUUCCAGCAUUCAGAAGAUUGAUGUCGACCAAGAUCCCCACACAUUUUAAGUCCGUAGUCUAUUCUGCAGAGAGCUUGGAGGAGUGUACAAGCGUGCUAUCAAUACAGAACUACAAGCCCAGAGAAGACUUAGAAAAGUCUAUUGUACUCCGUACACUGGCAUUUCCUAUCAAUCCAUCUGACAUCAAUCAACUGCAGGGUGUGUACCCUUCGAAGCCGGAAAAGACCCUCGAUUAUUCCACUCAUGAGCCUGCAGCAAUUGCAGGUAAUGAAGGCGUUUUUGAAGUUAUGUCAGUUCCAAAAGGUGAAACAAGUCUAACUGCAGGCGAUUGGGUCAUACCCGUUCAAGCCAACAACGGUACUUGGUCAAACUAUCGUGUUUUCUCCAAAGCAACAGAUUUGAUCAAAGUGAAUGGGCUUGACCUUUACAGCGCUGCUACAGUAUCGGUCAAUGGAUGUACCGCAUAUCAGUUAGUCAACAACUAUGUUGCUUGGAAUAAAGGCAGUAAUGAGUGGUUGGUUCAGAAUGCUGGAACCUCCAGUGUCUCAAAAAUCGUUACUCAAAUUGCAAAAGCUAAAGGAAUAAAGACACUAAGUGUUAUUCGUGACCGUGACAAUUUUGAUUCUGUGGCGCAGGUAUUGCAAGAUAAGUUUGGAGCAACAAAAGUUAUUUCCGAGUCUCAGAAUAAUGAUAAAUCAUUCAAUAAGGAAACCCUACCAAAACUCUUGGGACCGGAUGCCAGAAUAAGAUUAGCAUUGAAUUCAGUCGGAGGUAAAUCAAGUUCUGCAAUUGCACGUAAACUUGAGAAGAAUGCAUUGAUGCUUACUUAUGGUGGAAUGUCAAAGCAGCCAGUAACUCUACCAACAUCAUUGCAUAUAUUCAAAGGUCUAACUUCUAAGGGAUUCUGGAUCACGGAGAAUAACAAGAAGAAUCCACAGGAAAAAGUAGAAAAUAUAAAGGAUUUCAUCCAAUUAUAUAGAGAUGGUAAAAUCAUCUCACCAAAGGAAGAGAUUAAUACAGUUGACUGGGACGUUCAUUCAACUAACGAUGAGCAACUGCUUGAGAUGAUUAAAAAUGCUAUAGAUGGCACUGGCAAGAAACAAAUGGUUGUGUUGAAAUGGUAA